ACAUCUAGGGAUUUUGAAGACGAUAAACAGGAGUCAGGGAGGUUUUUUUUGUGGUUGAAUUUGAUCGGAUUUUGAAGAUGGAAGCUUUGAGAAUGUACUUUGUAAUGGCGGUUUUUGCUCUUGUUAUGUCGCUGCUUCUUCCAUCAAUGAAUGCUCAAAGUUCUGCUCCAUCUCCAGCUCCUGCUCCUUCAAACGAUGGUGCAGCAAUUGAUCAAGGGGUAGCGUAUGUGUUGAUGGUGGUUGCGUUGGCUUUGACUUACAUCAUUCACUAGAUUUUCAUUUUGGGGAUUUUUUUUCCUUCCAAUUUGUUCUCAGGAUCGAUUACAUUUCUGGAAUUUCUACCUAUUUUUUUUCUCAUUAUUUAUCAUCUGUUUAACAAUUUUUUGGGUUUGUUUUGACAUUUUAAUUCAAACCUAAUCGUUGGUAAUGUAAAGAUUCUUUUUGAUGUUCCUGUGUUCAAUGUAAUUAGCUGCAAAUUUUCAUUGUUCUUGA